AUGACUACAUUAAAAAAAAUUAUAUUGACGCAAUUGAGGAAGCUUACUGCGGGUGAUUUUGAAGACUAUGCGUCCCGACUAGGACCCGAUCUGACAACCGAUGAUCCUGGCUCUACUUCUGCCAUUGCCUUGCAUAGCUUGUCCUCUUUGCCCUCUGUCAAUUUUCCGAUAUUUUGCGGUGACUUUGAGAGUUGGGAGAGCUUCCAUGACGUCUUGAAGGCUCUAGUUCAUCUUAAAUCCGAGCUCCCGGCAGUUAUCAAGUUCCAACAUCUGCGAACUCAUGUCACUGGAGAUGCUGCCGACUUGAUAAAAAAUAUUCCCCUCUCGGGUGAUAACUACACUCAAGCCUGGAACGUUCUUGUCAAGUUUUAUGACAAUAAGCGUCGUCUGGUUACCUUCUAUACCAGCACGGUCCUCAAUUGUCAGAACAUGAAGUCCAACUCCUGCUUGGAAAUGAAGCGCUUAUCAAAAGAGAUGUUGGGCCCCCUUGACUCUCUUGUUGCUUUAGGUAGAGAUAACUGGUGCGAAGACAUCAUCAUCGCUCUUGUGGUCAUUAGGUUCAAUAACUCUAUGAACCGAGAGUGGCAGAAGCACCUAGGUAGCAGUGAUGAGCCACCUACUAUUGCUCGUUUACGUGAGUUCAUCGCCACCCAAAUUAUCACGAUGGAAACGUUAGAGUCAGUUAAACGGAAGCCUACGUCCCAAGAUACGUCAAAAUUCAUACCAAAGUCUUCAUUCGCGCAUCAAAUCGCUACUUCUAACGAUUCAGGCUCCAUUAGUUGCUUUCUCUGCGGCAAGCCCCAUCGUUUGUCCUCCUGUCAAACCUUCCAAGGUAAACCUCUGAACGAAAAACGGCAGCUCCAUCAUACUCUAUUGCAUAAGGAAGAGGCCAAGUCAAGUCUCACGAAAGACUCAACCUCUUUUGAUAAACCUGUCGGUGGUCCUGAAAAAUCUCAUGAACUCCAACCCGAUCAAAGCUUCUGCGCUAACGCCAGCUUAUUGCGUAGCAAGGACUUACCUUCAGGACCCAAGAUUCUUCUAGCUACCGCUCGAAUUUACAUUCGAGGCCCAAACGGUUCACAGGUUCUAGUAAGAGCCCUUGUUGACCAGGGUUCUCAAAGUUCUCUGGUGACUCGUUUUCUUUGCGAUGUCUUAAGACUUAAGACUCACUGGAUUUCUUUGUAUAAGCCUCCAACUUCAAGAAGUUUAGUAAAUAUUCCACACAUUCAGGAACUACAACUUGCGGACCCUGAUUAUCGGUCCCUAGAUAAAAUAGACGUUCUGCUAGGAGCCUCUGUUAACGCCUACAUAAUUCAAAAUUCAAUUCGACGAGGCUCCCUCGAUCAACACAUCGCCUCAGCCUCUCGGAUCAGAUGGUUAUUAUCAGGACCUGUUUCCUUCGUACUAGAGAGUGUCCCUUCCUUCAAGAAAGCGAGCCACUUGAUCACCGCGCCUGAAGAAAUCGCAGUGAUGCACGAUUCCAAGGGCCCUCAUCUCGAUGAAGUUAUGCAACGAUUUUGGCUGGUCGAGGAACCUCUCUCCAAGCCAGAACUGAAGGGAGACGAUCUUCGUUGUGAGGAGCAUUUCAAUCUCACGCACUUUCGAUCCCCUGACGGCCGUUUCUUGGUCAAACUUCCGUUCAAGGGCAAAACUGUUGACACUCUUUCGCUUCGAGAGGGCUCAUACAAAACUGCGCUCUCCAUGUUUCAUCAACAGGAAAAAAGAUUCAGAAACGAUCCUUGCUUGCUUGAGUUUUGUAAGUCCUUCAUGUCUGAAUAUACAGCUCUCGGCCACAUGCAUGAGGUAUUGGACUUCAGAUUGGCAAAGUGCUUUCUUCCUCAUCAUGGGGUCUUAAGGACCAAGUACUCUUCACCUAAGCUUAGAGUCGUCUUCAAUGGCUCAGCCAAAAGCAGAAAUGGAUUUUCCUUGAACUCCUAA